AUGAAGAUUGGAAUAAACUUUGUCACAGGUUUCGACAGGCAUAUAUCAUCCUGGAAAAGCAUGGAAGAUCCUGCUCCAGGCCUAUAUUCUAUGAGGAUUGAUCUGCAGGGUUUAUCGCAACUUGUAGUCAAGAAGGGACCUGACAUAACAUCUAGAGGAGGAUCAUGGAAUGGUCGUUAUAUUACAGGAAGACCGCAGCCUACAGUUAAUCCACUAUAUUUAUAUGAGUUUGUCUGGAAUAAGAAUGAAGCCUAUUACAAAUAUAAGAUGCGAAACAGUUCUAUCUUUUCAAGCACCAAUGAAUCUCCACCAUGUAAAUGCUUGGAAGGGUUCAUGCAAGGAUCAUCAUCUCCCGGGGAUUUGAGUUCUGUAGAUUGGUCAAAUGGAUGUACUCGAAGGACUCCAUUGACAUGUGAUGGUGGAGAUAGCUUUCUUAAGCAAACGGGACUAAAAUUACCUGACACUUCAAAAUCUUGGGCAGACAUUAGCGUUGAUCUUAAAGAAUAUCCGAGAGGGAGCUAUGGCUGCUUGCUGUGGUUCCUAGACUUAAUUGACAUCACGGAAUUCAGUAAGGGCGGACAAGACCUUUAUAUCAGGCUGGCUACUGCUGAUCUAGAGCAUAUUCAAAGCAAAGGAAAGCUAAAAGAAAAGCAAAAGGCAGCAAUCAUUGCCAUCUCUGUCAUAACAACCUGCGGAAUGAUGAUACUAGCAUUGUGGUUAUAUGUUCGGAAGAAAAAACUCAGAAAAACAGGUACACGAAUUCAGUUCUAA